AUGCUUUCUAAAUCAAUUACAAGAAGCUUGAAACAGCAAGUGACCAAGAAGUCAUUAUCAAAGGCAAUUGCACCUUCUAUUGCCAGAAGUUUGGCAACAUCGACUCCACCAUCGCCAAGCGAUGGUCUGAAACCUAGCCAUGUGUAUACUAAACUUUCACAUACAGAUGAUCCGGCAAGAAGCAGAUUCUUUCAAUACUCUUGGGGUUCAUGGUUAAAGGACGAUGCAUUGAAAAAGAAACAACGGUUGACCGCUUACUUGAAUAGUGUUGAUUCGUUAAGAGUUCCAGAGACUGCAAAACUCUUGCAGCCAAAAGAGGAACAAGGCACAUUUGUCUUGCAAAACAAUUUGACCUUUGACGUUCUUGGUGCCAAGAGUGAUGUUCUUUUGAUCAAAUCUAUAUCAUCUAUCCACGAGGGUAAGCACCAUAGGAUUUAUAAGUUGACAUUAAGUACUGGCAAAGACCUUGUUUUGAGGAUCCCAUACAAAUUGGAGUCAGAUACGGCAAUAGCUUCUAAGAUAAAGAGUGAGGUUGCCACUAGUGAUUUUUUGAAAUUGAAGUUGGGCCUUGAUGUUCCUAAAAUUAUUGCUUAUGGACCUGAUAGAAAUAAUGCUAUACGUAGCCCUUUCAUUUUGCAAGAGUUUAUUGAGGGUGAGCUUUUGAUGAAAAAAUGGAAUCCUUUGGAGCCAGACUCUGACAAGACAGAUGAAGAUUUGAAAAGCGUUAUUGCACCAAUUGCUGAAUUUCAGGACAAAAUUUUAGAGCCAGUGUUUACUAAAUUUGGAUCCUUGUAUUUCUAUAAUGAUGUGACAACGGAAUUGCAACAAAGUGGCGAGCCUUAUGAAGGUGAAAAUGACGAGAAAUUAUUAAAGAGAUGGAGAGUUGGACCAAGUGUCGAAAAAGCAUUUACAAAGGGUAAAAACAAGUUGUCACAAGAUGUUAUUGACCAAUACAAUGGACCAUGGGAUGCUUCAAACCCGGAACAAGUCAUGACAUCAGUGGCAGAAAUUGAGAUUGAAAAUGCGAGAAACAAGUUGGCCAUAGUUGAUGCCGAUGCAGGAGACGUUACUAGUAAGGACCUCUUGCAACACCAAAUCACAACCUUUGAGCACUUGAAACAAAUUACUCCUAAAUUGCUCAACUCAAAGUCACCUUCAAUCAAAAAUGUUGAAGAAUUAUUCAAGCCUAGACUUUACGUUCCAGAUUUGGAUCCAUUAAACGUCAUCCAAUCUACCGAGGGUAAAAAUUACUUUAUAGAUUUUGAAGGCUCAACAAUCAAACCUUUCAUAUUAUCGAGUUAUCCUAAAUUUGUUGAGUAUCAAGGAGCAAAAAUUUAUGACUUAAAAGUAGACAUUCCAGGAUUUGAUGAGAUGGAUCCAGUCGAGAAACAGCAAUAUGAAUUUAUGUACUACAAAACGAGAAAUGAAAGAUUAUGGGAAGUGGAAUUGAACAAACACAGACACGACUUGAUUGCUGUAGCUUCACCUCAUAUUAAGGUCCUUAAAUCGCCAUACUUGCAGGCUCUUGAUCUCAAGCAUCCAAAAGAUUACUUGUAUGUCGAAGGUGCUAUUGUGCAAUUGCAAUCAAUGUGGGAAGCGUACGUUGCUAACGAAUUAGUGAAACAGGAUAAAGAUGACAAAGAAUUCCCCAUCAAGUAUGAUGAAAAGUAUUUGGAUCAAUAUCAACUGGACUUAAGUGACCUUCAAAUGGAAACAGUCUCGAGUCCAUUUAGUGCAACGGGAGGUUGGAUUCCACAAGACAUGUUCAGGACUUUGAAAGAGCAAGGUAUCCUCGUUGAAGUUGGAGAAGGAAACUAUGAAAUCAAGACUGAUAAAAUCUUGGAAAACCCUCCAUCUGAAACGGGCGAAGAACCAAAAGCGUAA